AACACACCCUGAGCAGAGCCAAAGAAACACACUUUGGACCUGCACCCAGAACCAAAGAAAUGCACCCUAACCCUGGAACCAGUACCAAAGGAACACACUUUGUACCUGUGACAGAAAUGCACCCUUGCCCUAAAACUGGAGCCAAAAGACUAAAAAGGACCAGAGAAAGAAACACAGGUUGGCCCUGAAGCCAGAGCCAAAUCUGCCCCUGAUCCUGAACAGAAAACCAACCAAUCCCUGAGCAGGAGCUCUAGUCAAUCUGAGCCCGGCGACUGAAAUCUGACCAAUCCCCGCCUUGGAAGUCUCCUCCCCGGAAAAAGCUCCGCCCCUAAGGAGCCCUGUAUAAACCCUGUGCCUGUUCAGUUUGAGGCUUUCUUCUUCCACCCUGGCAGAGGCAGCCACUCCCCAGGAUUCUUCCCUCCCAAUAAAUCUCUUGAAAGAUGUUUGGGUGAUGACCUUCCUUCUCUGGUGCAGAGAUGGAGCAGGGCUGUGACACUUUCCCCAGGGAAGCCUUCCCCUGGGGAAGCAGAGUUGUUGCACUCUGGGGGACUGAAACCAAACUGUAACCUCUUUGUUGGGGAAGCCCUUCCCUGCCUGCCAGAGCAGAGCUGUUACCCUGGAGCCCUCCUGCCCUCCUCUGCCUGAACCGAGCUGUUUCAAUGGGUAAGCCUUUCCCUGGAGCAGGCCUGUAAGCUGCUAAGCUUCCUGUGACCGGUGGUAAUCUGUGGCUCCCGUGUGCCGGAAUGCUUUCCCAUCCAGGCUGUAACGCUUAGUUUUGUGUGGCUCCCGGUUGCCUGAAUACUUUCCCAUCCGAGUCGUAUGGCUUAGUAUUCUGGGCCUCCCGGGUGCCGGAAUACUCUGCCACCGGGGCUGCAACGCUUAUCGAAAGGAAUGGAGGAGCACUGGCUCAAGCAGCUCUGUCGGCGGGGUGAGACACGAGGAACUUGUGGAGUGUGUGCGAGGCAUCGUGAAUCCAGGAUGCUAAGUGAACCGGACAGACACAGGUACCCGCAAGAGGCCGCAGUUUGCCGAAUGAGUCUGCCUACAGGAGCUGUUGAACUCAGAGGAGGCCCCUUCUAGAAGCGAAGGUGUGAAGGUGACCGCAGUGCUCCUAGCGCGGGCUCGUCGGGAGCCAGCACAUCACACGUCAUAAGUGAGAGCCCGAGCCGGAGCGCGGGAGACCGGGCUUCGAACCUGAAGGGUAUCCUAGGACAAGUGACCAGGCACAGAGGCGACCGUUGGGAUCACUUUGGGGGCCCAGAGCCCGGCAAGCCAGCAGCCAGCAGCCAGGUGGAGCCCAGGCAGCCUGUGAGGUCGCAACCUGAGGCCAGCAUGCCCAGGACAAGGCAGAGCAGCCGUCGAGGGUCGUCGUCGUCUGGCCGCUCCCGCACCGCCAGAGCUGGCCUGACCUUCUCUGUGAGCCUGGUGGAACACCAUCUUCGUGAGAGCGGCCAUGCCCCGCGGCUGAGACAAACGGUGCCGGUCCUGCUGACUGCCAUCCUGGAGUUCCUGACUCGCAGGCUGCUGGAGCUGGCCAGCAACGAGGCCCAACGCCGAGGCGCCCAGAGGCUCAUCACCCCGCAGCUGCUGGACGCUACUGUCUACAACAACACCUUUCUCAGCGAACUGCUGCAGUUCACCACCAUCUCCCGGGCGGUCCCAGCUGGUCCUCGUCAUCCUCGUUGUCGGCCACGCUAGCUACGACCUGCUGCUGCCCAGGCUGCCCAUGCUGCCUCUGCUGCUGCUGCUGCCUGGCUCUGGGUUGCUGACUGGCCCAUCCACCCCAUGUAUCUACCCAUCCAGCAUCAGACCAUCCCGCCCAACCCUUCCCACAGGCAGCCCUGCUUGUCUGGUCAGCCUCGACCCUUCCUUCUCACAGUUGUGUUCUUAUUAAAGCUCUAGUUCCAGAA